AUGUCCAGUAUUCCUAAAACUCAAAAAGCCUUUGUUUUAACGAAAACUGGUGAUUCAUUAGAUGUAUUAAAAUAUCAACAGGAUUAUCCAGUUCCAACAGAUUUAUCUCCACAUGAUAUCUUAAUCAAAAAUAAAUACAGCGGUGUUAAUUAUAUUGAAAAUUAUUUUAGAACAGGUAUAUAUCCAGUGGAAAAGCCAACUGUUCUAGGCAGAGAAGCUACUGGUGUGAUUGUAGCAAAAGGUGAGCAAAUCCAAGAUUUUAAUAUUGGUGAUAGCGUUGCUUAUUUGUCCACAAGAACUUUUGCUCAGUACACAAAAUACAAUAUUAAUGAAAACAGUCAGAUUCUUAAAUUAUCUGAAAAUGGCUCCUCCAAAGUCAGUGAUGAUGAUUUGAAGUUAUAUGCUGCUUCUCUAAUACAAGGUUUGACCGCUUUAACUUUUAGUGAAAGAGCUUACAAAGUCAAAAGUGGAGACUAUGUUUUAGUAUAUGCUGCUGCUGGCGGAGUGGGUUUACUAUUAAAUCAAUUGAUCAGAGCUAAAGGUGCUCACCCCAUUGCAAUUGCCUCGACUGAUGAAAAAUUGAAAUUGGCUUCUGAAAAUGGUGCUGAAUUUUUAAUCAAAAGUAAGAUUGAUGGUACUGAUGAUGAUAAAGUUGUUGAACAAGUGCUUAAAUUCACAAAUGGUGAAGGUGUUGCUGCAGUUUUUGAUUCUUUGGGGAAAAACAGUUUUGAUAUUUCAAUGAAAGCUUUGAAAAGAUUGGGGACAUUUGUUAGUUUUGGUAAUGCUACUGGGGUAGUUCCGCCAAUUUCAAUAAAUGUUUUAUCACCUAAAAAUAUUACACUUUUAAGACCUGUUGUUUUUCAUUACAUCUAUACUAGAAAAGAAUUUGAACAAUAUACAGCUAAACUAUUUGAUUUAAUUAGGUCCGGGAAAUUGAAUAUUUUGAUUUAUAAAACAUAUCCAUUGAGUGAAUAUAAAGUUGCUGAUCAAGAGUUAUUGGAUAGAAAGACUGUUGGAAAGUUGGUUUUAAAGAUUCCUGAAUGA